GUGGAAAAAAAGUAUGUAAACAUGUGCUUCUGAUUUUCUCAUUUAGUAUAAAUAUCCUUGGUUUUUGGUAGCUGAAUAGGAGAAUAUUGUUUGUAUAUUUUAUGCAAUUUUGUUCGGAAGAAUAGGAGGAAAUUUCGAUCAUUGAUAUUGAUACUGAGAUGGAGAAGAACACGUUGGGACUUUUGAGGAUUCGAGUACGAAGAGGGCAUAAUCUUGCUGUUCGUGAUACCCUAAGUAGUGACCCUUAUGUGGUUGUCACCAUGGGUAAUCAGAAACUGAAGACACGUGUGGUAAAAAACAACUGCAAUCCUGAGUGGAAUGAUGAAUUGACUCUCUCUGUAACAUCUUUUGACACCCCAAUUACUCUUACAGUGUAUGACAAGGACACAUUUACAGUGGAUGACAAAAUGGGUGAUGCAGAUAUAGACCUGAAACCGUACAUAGAAUGUCUGAAAAUGGGACUGAAAAAUCUGCCGGAAGGGUGUGUGGUGAAGAGGGUUCAACCCACCAAACAAAACUGCCUCUCUGACGAGAGCCCUUGUGUUUGGCACGACGGAAAAAUUGUUCAGGACAUGUCUCUCAGGCUCAGAAACGUCGAGUGCGGUGAAGUCUUUGUUCAGAUCGAGUGGAUUAAUCUUCCAGGUUCUAAUUUGUUUGCAGGAACCGAUCAGUUUGGAGUUACAAAUUAGGAUUGAUAAUCAUGGGUUCCUAUUAUUAGUGCAAUAAAAAAGAGAAGAGUUGAGUUGAAUAAUCUCAAUGUCUAGUGUACAUUAUUAGGUUUUAAGUUCAUUUAUGUGUUAAAGAACGAUAUUGACUUUUGAGUUGUGAUGCUUGAGGUGUCAUUUCAUGCACCCUUAGUAGUGAUCAGGUGAUUGUGUGUGUCAUUCGUAAUUAAAUAUUAAUAUAAUAGUUUCUCGAUUGCCAA